AUGCCACUAGCUUCCCAACGCUCUCGCGAUGCGGCGGCUGCGGUUGCAGCCCAGCGCCUCAGCAGCAGUCGGCCUCUGUAUGCUGUUUCAUUGCGCGUGGCGCUCUCCCAGUUGCUGCAACCCUGUUCAUUAUGUCAGUCAGAUACCUUAGCUUCAUCUGUCACUAAAGUAUCAUCUGGCGCAAGCCAGCCGACCCACACUGACGUGGCCUCUGACUUCGAGUCUCAGUUAAAUGACCCCCUUACAGAGGCCGUCGAAACGCAGUCAGCAGAGACCACACGCUUAUCGGCAGAGCCCCAGGAAGCAUCUGAUCAUAAGACUCAGUGGCUGACAAGGCACUUUGUGGCACAAGUGCGGGCCCAUUUCGAAGCCGCCCUCGGCAGUUCCAGUCCUGCUGAUGGACAACAGGAGGCAGGAAGCGGGGAAGAUGAGGGCAAUGAAAGCAGUGGAGAGGCGGAGGAAAGAUUGAAGUACCAGCGAGCUCUUUGCCAAGCUGCUCUUUACUGGGCAAUCGCUCUUCUACUUUCAGCUGAGUGUUUUCUGUUUCCACCGCCAACAAAGCAACCAGCGGCGCAGACGCCGGCCGACUGCUCCCAUCAUCCCAGCAAAUCCAGUGGCUCCUCGUCUGGCCCAAGUGUGCCCGAUUCUGACGCUACGGACCGCUGUAAAGUUGAAUCCGUGUCCGCUGAUGACGUAGUAAGAGAAGCACUAUUUGCCUUGGACAUUCUUAUACGAGUGUCGCCAUCAAUUGCUACUCAUAUGCUACCGAAGAUCCUUGCGUGGCUCGAUGAGAGGCUUUCAUUCAGACUCAAGUGGGAGUCCUCCUGCAGCAGCAGAACGGGAGAUGGCAUUGGACAAGAGUGCUCUGCAUCUGCAGCUCAAACAUCUUCCAGCGUUGGGGACACACUGGAACACGCCAUCGAGCGGAUUGCAUCUGGGCCCCUCUCCUCACUUGUCAGGUGCAACCUUCCCAACUGGGUUGCCUCCGGGCGCCUGUGCAGUUCUUCUCAGCAUCUUCAACAGACUCGCCUGCUCGCGCUCUUACUUCGGUGCCCCAAAGUUCUCGUUUCCUCUUCGAGACUCCUCGCCGCCUGUGCGCUGCCCGCGAAAGCGGCAGCUGAUGGAGCAUCGGCAGGCGCUCAGGGGAGCGUGCGGGGAACAGCGCCAAAGCCGAGUCAAGAGGGGAAGGAUGCCAAGGCUGCAGCUGAAGCGGAAGCGUCUGUGCAGCAUCAGAUUUGUGCUGAAACUGCCCGCCAGCUCCUUGUUGCUUUGGACGACUUAAGAGAUGUUCUUAUCCCAAAUGCAGCGAAGAAAAAUAUUCACAACUCGUCGUCUUCGACUCAGGGGGGGCAGGUUGACUUCCGCUUCGGUAGUGAGGUCGAGAAGAUGAUUCUCGCAGCGCAUUUGCCUCCUCAUCUCCGUUGGGUUGCAAGCUCGUCCCAGCAUACAUCAGCUCGAAGCCAGGAAGUGGCAGAGAGACCAGCAGAAAAUAGCUGUUGUUGGGCAUUCGCCGCGCCAGACUUCCCAGCACCUGAAGGCGCGCCGAACAAAGCGGCAGUUUAUAUCUAUGCAACUGUCAAGGGACUGCUUCUGUCUUUCGCCCUCAAUAUACAAGGAUCUUCCAAAUGUCUGGAGACCUUUGGAGCUGCUGCGGCUGCCACUGAUGAAUCGGUGGUCCGAAAAGCAAGAGCUUUGCUAGAGGAGAGCGAAGAAUACUUCAUCUGCAGGUCAAAGGGGACAGUGCGGUCCCAUUUCCUGGGACUGUCAUCCACUGUCUUUGUACACGCCGUCACGGGCUUGUGCUCUCGUGCACUAACAGCCAAAGAGCUUCCCAAGGCCUUUCAGGUCAACGCAGACCGCGCCGAUUCACGCAUUUUACUUACUAGUGCUGCAGCAACCGCGAUUGCCAAGUUCCAGAUCCAGGAGCAGGGAAGAGGAGUUGACCCGCGACGGCUGCGACUGCCUGAAGGCCUUCCUGACGAGCAAUUGCUUAAUUUACCACCAGAACUCCCCACAUCUGGAUACUCAGUAGUUCACAGAGGUUCUGAACGGGGCUUUCUGUCGUAUCUGAGUGACGAAGGCGCAUUCCGAAUGGCUGUACAGGCUGCGCGGAUUUUGAUUGCUCUCAUCACUGAAGGCGAGCGGAGUGUCGUCCUAAUUGUACCACCACUUCUUCGUCUACUGGACGUCCCUCAGGACGAAGUUCGCUUUUUGGGCUGGACAUGUCUACACGAGGUCAUUUCAAGCUCUCCUGUGGGUGCUCUCGACAGUUUCAGCGUGCCUAUUCUCCAGGCAUUGAUGGGGGGCUUUCCAAUUUACACCGAAGUUGACACCUGUUUCGAGGCUUAUCUCGAGGCCUUCACUACAUUCGUCUGUCGCACACAUCUGGAAGGAUGCGACUACUCGUUUCUAGACUGCCAAGACUUCUUGAUUGACAUGUGCCACACGGUUCUAAACGCCGGAGACGGUCUCCGCGCCUCCUUCCUCAAGCGGACGAGGGAACUGCUGAAGUUCGCCGGACCCUCCGCGAACUUGAGACUGUCUGACUGGAUGAGCUUUUGUUUGGACGCGAUUGAAAGCGUUUCGGCGGAUGCUGUUUUGGAGGGCUUGCAAACUUUGGAGCUGCUCCUCUCCAUUGGAUUGGGUGUGGAAGAAUUUUAUCCGCAAAUUCUCUGUGGGCUAUCUACCUCUGCUUUGCUUGCCAAAGAGAACCCCAUCAAACGAAGCCCCCGCUUCCAGCGAUCCGAAGAGCUAGCAAUAACAAGUGCUGUUGAUUCAGUGGCCCGCCAGCUGAUCCGCUCAAAAGACAAUGACCUUCUAGAAAUGCUGUGCAAGGAUACCGUCAACUGUUUGCACCAACACUACUCUCAUGAUACGUCUCUCGCUGAAGGCGUCACCGAAUGGCUUUCGCACUUUUCUGCUUCUCUGCGCCAAGAAAAAUUGCAGUUAGAAGAUCCUCGCCAAAUUUCUUCAGCUGAACUCGUGCGGUAA